GGCCCUGUGUCUCGGGAGUGAGGUUAGGAUUAGGACAAAAGAAGUUGAAAUUGGAAACUUUGGAGUAAAAACCCCAUUUGUGUUGUUUCUCAGUCAUUUAUUUACUAUUUUUCAACCAUUCAUGAGUCAUGACAAAUUGGAGCACUCUUUAACACUUAACACACACAUCCCACUCAUUCGUUCCUUCAAGCAAUGUCAAUGGCUGCUUCAGCUUCUUGCAUUUCCGCCAUCGCCACGUGCGUCCCAUCUUCCUCUUCCAAAUCCUCUUAUGCUUCCUCUUCUUCGGUGACACUGUUUCCACCCCAGAGAGGCUCAACCAGGAGAUGGAGUUGCAGAGCCAUGGUUCAGCAAACCGUUCAGGGUGCCCCCGCCGCGUACGCCAAGGAAAUGGAACGCCUUUCCGCCAAAGAGUCGCUUCUUCUCGCUUUUAAAGAUGCAGGGGGUUUUGAGGCCUUGGUCUCUGGGAAGACUACUGAAUGGCAGAAGAUUGACGUGAAUGAAAGGAUAACUGGUCUUGAGCGUCUCAAUCCAACACCUCGUCCCACAACGUCACCCUUCUUGGAGGGGCGAUGGAACUUUGAGUGGUUUGGUUCUGGAAGUCCAGGCUUGUUUGCUGCUAGGUUUAUAUUUGAAAUCUUUCCUUCGAGUUUGGCUAAUUUGUCGAAAAUGGAUGUCUUUAUUAAGGAUGGAAAUGCAAAGAUUACUGCAAACAUGAGAUUAUUGAACUCGAUAGAAAGCAAAGUCAUUCUCUCAACCAAGUUAUCUGUGGAGGGGCCACUUAGAAUGAAAGAGGAAUACGUUGAAGGGGUUCUUGUGUCACCAACAAUUAUUGAAGAGAGUGUCCCAGAACAGUUUAAAGGCGCACUUGGGCAGGCAACUAAUGCUUUACAACAACUUCCUGCCCCUAUACGCGAUCCUGUUGCCAGUGGGCUGAAAGUUCCUCUAAGUGGCAGCUUUCAGAGACUCUUCAUGAUUUCUUAUCUCGAUGAGGAGAUACUUAUAAUAAGGAACACAGCAGGGAUUCCUGAAGUUUUAACAAGGUUGGAUGCAGCACCAUCUUCCUUGGGUGAUUCAAAUCCAGAGUAUGUAAGCUAGGAAUUCUAUAUAUGCAUGGAAAGUGAAUUUGCCCCUCCUUAAUCAUGGGUAUGAAACAAAUUCCUGUUCCUCUUGGCCUCUUUUUCACUGAAAAGUAAAAUCCCUUUUGGUUUUUCUACAGAGGGUAGAAAUGUGAAUAUGGGUUGAAACUGACACAAAUUCUUACAAAACCUUGUAUUUCCUUAGUUUCACAACAAAAUGGUUCUUUGAUGUAGAAAUUGCAAAAUGCUACUCAUACAAUACAACUAGCAAUAGUGAAAUAAAAUGCAAAAUAUCUGAUGAUUCUA